AGGCAGUAGCCGCUUAAACCCUCGUCCCCCUUUCCUCCUCUUCCCCCAAACCCCGCUCUCCUCCGCCGGUCCGCCCCCGCCAUCGCCUGCACUCCCCCGGCCUCCACAAUAAGCCGCAUCUUGCAUCACACCGACGCCCUAAUGCUCUCGCCGGCCUCCUCUCGCUAGGCCGCGCCGCGGACGAGCGUCCCCUGCACCUGCACACCCGCGCGACCGUGCUCGCGCCUGCUCCGCGAGAAAACGGCGCCCCUCGGUUUCUGCUUGUCCUUGUCCGCCGGCGGCGCUGCGGGGAGGAGAGGAGCCGGGUACAACCUGAGGCGGUCCGCACGGUCGAUGGUGGCGGCGCAGGUGACGCCGGCGCCACUGCUGCGGCGCCACGGCUCGGCGCCCCCGUGGCUGUCGUCGUCGCCGCCCUUCCUCCUUCGCCGCCGCGCCUCGUCGCCCUUCUCCCUGCACCGCCGCGCCUCGCCGCCACUGGCGAUUUCCGGGUGCAGGAGGUAGUCGCCGCGGUGCCGAAUCACUCUUAUUUCCUGUCGACUCAACCGAUGUUCGUUGUGGCCUUCGGAGGCCGUUGAAUCCUCUUCGGGCUACGUGGAACGGACGUUCUCUAGGCGGUGCUGAGUUGUGUGCCUGUGCUGGGUCGGGAGUGAUGUUCGUAUUGUUCUGGGCGCAGAGUGAGUCACUACGUGGAUUUGCGUCUCGGGAGCUCUUCUAUUUCAUUUCCAACUAAUUAGCUCCAUGUAUUGACCUCUGCAGGACUAUUCCCAUUGCUCAGAUAUGGCUGUUCGAGGAAGCAGUGCUUUCAAGCUACGUUUCUAUCCCAACUUAGAAGUACAAAAUAUUGCACAAGAAUGGGUUAAAGAGAGCCGGAGGCUGUUCUAUCUAAGAACUGCCAACAAUGUCACAAAUAACAUCUAUAAGGGAAACACUCCUCUAUGGACUGGAAUGGUACAAAAUGAACUCUCUGAAGAUUGCAGGGGUUUGAACUACACUUAUUUGAAUAAUUUGAGGGAACGCGUAUCGUCCAAAUCAAUUGUAAAUAGACAUGGUAAUAACCGAGAACUGAUCGGGCAUAGUACGAUAAAUCAGCAUGUGAAAUCAGUGCCAGCUCCAGUACGUGUUGUUAAUGAUAGUGUCAAGUGUUUCAGCAUGCCUAGAGCCUCUAAGGUGGAGAUUCCUUGGCCUGCCUAUUCACCAGCGGAGGAUCCUUUGCUUGAUAAAUCUAAUACAGAGGUAAUUUUGGAGCUUGAGGAUAAAGUUCAUGAUGGUGAUGACAAAAAGAAAAAAACUGUUGUAAAAAAGGUGGUUUCACCUUUCCCAACUAAAGCGGCCUUCUCUGAGGAAUCUUUGAAAGCACGGGAGGCACUUGCUAGCAUCUACGACAAAGUUUUGGUAGUUGACGAUAUCGAGUCAGCUAGGAACAUUGUUAAACUGCUCACUACAAAGUACAAGAGCUUUAUUCAUGCAUGUGACACAGAGGUAGCAAAUAUUAAUGCCAAAGAAGAGACACCAGUUGGUCAUGGAGAAGUAAUAUGCUUUAGCAUCUAUUCAGCAAAUUCUGAUGUACAGGCAGCUGAUUUUGGAAAUGGCAAAACUUGCAUUUGGGUUGAUGUUCUAGAUGGUGGAAGGGGUGUCCUGAUGGAGUUUGCUCCUUUCUUUGAAGAUUCAUCGAUCAAGAAGGUUUGGCAUAACUAUAGUUUUGAUAGCCAUGUCAUUGAGAAUUAUGGAAUCAAAAUUGCUGGGUUUCAUGCUGAUACAAUGCAUCUUGCACGCCUUUGGGAUUCAUCAAGGAAAAUUGAUGGUGGAUAUUCACUUGAAGGACUUACAAAUGACCGUAGAGUCAUGGAUACUGUUCCAGAGGAUUUACCUAAGCCUGGAAAGACAUCAAUGAAAACCAUCUUUGGCAGGAAAAAUAUUAGAAAAGAUGGAUCUGAAGGGAAAGUUGUAUCUGUUGAGCCAGUCAAGAAGUUACAAAGGGAAGACAGAGAGUUAUGGAUUUGUUAUUCUUCUCUAGAUUCCAUGAGCACAUUGAGACUUUAUGACAGCUUAAAAAGCAAGCUUACAACAAGGAGAUGGAUCUUGGAUGGUUGUCCUAGGGGCACCAUGUAUGAUUUCUAUGAACAGUACUGGCGUCCUUUUGGUGCCCUACUUGUGAAAAUGGAGACAGAGGGAAUGCUUGUUGACCGUGGUUACCUUUCAGAGAUAGAAAAGGCUGCUAUUGCUGAACGGAAACUUGCUGCAGAUAAGUUUCGGAAAUGGGCAUCUAAAUAUUGUCCUGAUGCCAAGUACAUGAAUGUGAAUAGCGAUAUUCAAAUUCGCCAACUUCUCUUUGGUGGCAUUGAAAAUAGACACAAAUCUGGUGAAACUUGGCCACAUAGUAAAACUUUUAAAGUGCUAAAUGAAGAAAGUGUUGCUACAGAGGGUAAGAAGACGUCAAAGUAUCGUACAAUCAAACUUUGCAGUAUUGUUGAAGAUCUGAAAAUCGAUAUGUUCACCCCGAGUGGCUGGCCAACAGUCAGCGGGGAUGCAUUGAGAAGUUUGGCUGGUAAAAUACCUACAGAAUAUAUUUACACAAUAGAUGAUAUUCAAGAUGAUGAUGAAUAUACCAGUGGUUCAGAAAACCCAGAUGGGAAUUCCUCUUAUGGAACAGCAUAUGAAGCAUUUGGUGGAGGAAAGAAUGGAAAAGAAGCAUGCCAUGCAAUUGCAGCUUUAUGUGAAAUAUGUUCUAUUGAUUCUUUGAUAUCCAAUUUCAUUCUUCCGUUGCAGGGAGAUCACAUAUCAUGUGCAGAGGGGCGCAUUCACUGUUCAUUGAAUAUCAAUACUGAGACAGGGCGCUUGUCAGCAAGAACACCAAAUCUACAGAACCAACCUGCCCUUGAGAAGGAUAGGUAUAGGAUUCGCCAAGCUUUUGUUGCAGCCCCGGGAAAUUCUCUUAUCGUUGCAGAUUAUGGUCAGCUGGAGCUUAGGAUUUUAGCUCACCUUACUAAUUGUAAAAGCAUGCUGCAUGCUUUCAAGGCGGGUGGUGAUUUCCAUUCUAGGACAGCCAUGAAUAUGUAUCAGCAUAUCCGUGAUGCUGUCCAAGAAAAGAAAGUUCUUCUUGAGUGGCACCCUCAACCUGGUCAAGAGAAACCUCCAGUGCCGCUAUUGAAGGAUGCUUUUGGCGCUGAGAGGAGGAAAGCUAAAAUGCUUAAUUUUUCCAUUGCUUAUGGAAAGACAGCUGUUGGGCUAUCCCGGGACUGGAAGGUUUCUGUUAAAGAGGCAAGAGAUACACUGAAGCUCUGGUACAGGGAUAGAAAAGAAGUGUUAGCUUGGCAAAAAAGUCAGAAGAAGCUUGCAAGCGAGAAGGGUGAAGUCUACACUUUGCUUGGGCGGUCGCGCCAUUUUCCUUACCUGACUCAGUAUGGUCCUGGCCAACGAGGUCAUAUUGAGCGUGCUGCUAUAAAUGCACCAGUGCAGGGAAGUGCAGCAGAUGUUGCUAUGUGUGCCAUGCUUGAGAUCGAAAGGAAUGUCCGCCUUAAGGAGCUUGGUUGGAGGCUCUUAUUGCAGGUGCAUGAUGAAGUGAUACUGGAAGGGCCUUCAGAGUCUGCUGAGGUGGCCAAGGCUAUAGUGGUGGAGUGUAUGUCCAAACCUUUCUACGGAACCAACAUCUUGAACGUCGACCUGGCUGUCGACGCCAAGUGUGCAAAGAGCUGGUAUGCUGCCAAAUAGACUGAGGAGACGCUGUCACCUGCCACAAGGUUGAUGACACCAGUGCAAUCGAGACCCCACUGUUCGGAUAAAAAAUGGUGGACCCGUCGUCAUGCAGACUGCGGUUCCAGGACCUUGAGUUUGUUGUGGUGGUAACCCAGGCCCUGACAAGACAACACGCCCAUUUCUUGGCUGCAGCAGAACAGCGGAAGACACGGAGGACUCUGCUGCCAGCACCUGGAGUUGCGCGGUGCCAAAGCAUACCAGACAGAAUUCGAGAUGGCUUGGAUCUCGAGUGAACUAGCGCGGUGCCAAAGCAUGCUGUUUUGUUCAUAAUCUCACUUGUUCAGCGUGCUGGUGCGUUAGGUUAGUUUACAGAUUUGUUCUGGUGCAGUGAGGCCAAUUAUGGUCCCUGCGGUUGGUAUCGAUCUUGGAUUGUGCAUUGCAUGUAGUACCAUACUGCAUCUACACUGGGACCAUUUUUCAGAUAACAGAAACAUUCAGCUUCAUCCUCGAAAGAGAA